AAAAUGUGUUACUGCCCCCAGAGAAGCUGUCCCCGAGUCCUUCCCAGCAGGAUGGCCUCGACCCGGAGAUAGAAAUGGACCUCAGGAUUUUAGGAUGCGAGUUAAUCCAGACUGGAGGAAUCCUACUCAGGCUGCCCCAGAAUGACACUGCAGGUAUGUUCUGUAUUACUCCUGUGAGAGCGAAGGGGACACGUACGUGCUGCCACCUGGUGACAACCACUAGUUCUGAAAACUCCUCAUUACGAACUUGGCUAAUUCAUAUCUUAGCAUUCAAGUGAAGGUUGCCAUGGCUGCCGGGCAGGUGUUGUUCCAGAGAUUCUACUACGCCAAGUCGAUGGUGCGGUACCCUAUGGAGACGACUGCCAUGGCUUGCAUCGCUCUCGCCUCCAAGAUUGAAGAGGCGCCACGCAAGAUCAGAGAUGUUAUUAAUGUCUUCAAUCACAUCCGACAAGUCAAGAACGGAAAAACCAUCCAGCCAGUUAUUCUGGACGGCAACUACAUAGCACUGAAGAACCAGGUGAUCAAAGCAGAGAGGAGGUUGCUGAAAGAGUUAGGCUUCUGCUGUCACGUCAAACACCCACAUAAGAUCAUUAUCAUGUACCUGCGUCUCCUCGAGGCCGACGACAACAGGUGGCUGGCCAUGUCCUCUUGGAACUACAUGAACGACGCGUUGCGCACUGACGUCUUCCUGCGCUACAGCCCCGAGACCAUUGCCUGCGCCUGCAUCUGGCUGGCCGCCCGCCUGCGCAAGGUGCCACUGCCGGAGAGCCCGCCCUGGUACCUGGUGCUGCGGGUGAAGCAGGACCACAUCGAGGACGUCGCCGCCUCCAUCCUGAGGCUCUACACCAGGAAAAAGGUGAAGCUGGAGGCACUUGAGGCGCGGGUGGAGGAGAUACGGAAGGAGCAGCAAGAGGCACGACUACGCAGCAAGGUGGUGGCCUCCAUCGUGACGCCUCAGACCAACACCGCCUUCAGCCCCGCCUCCCGCGCCAACACACCCAACAAGGCCACCUCACCACCUCACAAACGCUCAUCGUCGCCUGAGAGCCCCACCCCGUCCCUCCCUCGUCCCUGUAGGAACUCCGGCAGGAAGCGUAGCGGCAGCAGCGGCAGCCGGUCGAGGAGUGCCAGCCGCAGCCACAGCCACUCGCCGCAGCAGCACAGAAGGUCACGCAAGAAGCAGCGCCGAGACUCCAGGUCAUCUCGGUCACACUCCAGGUCGCCACGUUCUCGUUCCCGGUCUCGCUCCAGGUCACGGUCAAGGGACAAGCACCGCGGCAGCAACAAGAACAAGUAUUCACGCACCCCAUCGCCCGCCGUCACUCCACCGCCACGCUUCACCAAGAACAAGGAGAAGGGUCUCAUCGUGCGGUCCAGGUCGCGGUCACACUCCCGCUCACCACAGAGAAACUACGACAAGUAUGAGCGCUACGACAAGUACGACAAGGUGGACCGCUACCCCCCGAAGAGCAGCAGUGGUGGUGGUGGUGGCGGUGGCGGUGGUGGUGGUGGUGGUGGGGACCGCUACGACAAGAAUGACCGUUACAUCAGGGAGGAGAAGCCCGGCAGUGGUGGCAGUGGUAACAAGUACGACAACUCCAGCAAGGACAAGGGUGACAAGUACACCAACAAGUACAACAGCACGUCGUCAUCCGCCGCCGCCGCUGCUGCAGUGGUGGCGUCCAAGUUUGACCGUUACGACGCGGAGAAGAAGAAGUAUGAGCGCGACGACAACAAGAAGUAUUACGACAACGGCUUCGGCAAACCACACAAGGCAAAGAAGAACGGCCGCCACAGGUCUCGCUCCAGGGACCGGCGGCGGUAGGGAGCUCCCACCACCCCCACCCAUACCACCGCCGCCACUGCUGCUGCCGCCACCGCCAACACAACCCCAGGGACUCGGUAACCCCCAGAGGACUCACCUCUUUUCCUCGGCCUAACUAUUAAGUCUUUUUGGAACUCUAUUUUAGUGACAGUUUCUUUUUUUAUUACAAGACUAUUUGUAUAUUGAUGUAAAUAUAUAUAUAGAAAGAGAUUAUAUAUAUAUGAAUAUAUAUAUCCAUACACACACACAUUCAUAUAUUGUUGUCAUCAGUUCCUUGCCAAUCAGUUCAGAGUGUCUGUGUGUCUGUGUGUCGUGGCCCAUCGCCGCACACUGCCAGACAUACAGAGUGCUUGCAGCCUUCACCAAACUACUGAGGCAGAUUUGCAGUAUUUUUUUAAUGGUGACGACUGGUGUUGAUCCGGUCCCCCGCCGUGGUGAGGUGUGGUGGCGGAGGGACACAGCCAUAACCCAUAGUGCAAAAGUAGACUAAGUGCUGGAGUGUAUAAUUAUCGCUAGGAUGGACGGACAGUCACGGUGGCCGGAGGAAGUGGAGAGUAGGAGCUUGGCCUGUGGGAAACUAACUGUCGCCUCACGUUCAUUAACUCCACACUGACGGUUUACAAGUUUACGACGAACCUGUCUGAUAUUUUUGUACCCCCGUUUCGAGUUACCACUUCAUUCAUAUCAUCCUCUCAUUGCCAGAUCGAGAAGUAGGUAUUUUCUUGUUCAGCGGUCAGUGGGCCCCUAGACGUCACUCAGGAGCCUCGUACAGAUGCCAAACAUGAUCUCUAGGUAGUAUUAACCUGCACAGUCACUUAUCAAGGACUGGAGGUGGCGUGUGGUGUGUGGUGUGUGGAGGUGCAGUGUGGCAACCUAUGAGUGAGUGAAAGGAUGCAAGGGUGAACUGAUUGGGAUAGAAGUGAUGGAUGGAUUGCAGUGACACUAUAGUUUGUCUACUCUAAAGUGGCUCAGGUCUCAGUUUGAAUGGUGUCCCAGGGAAGGUGUGGUUGUCAGAUCUCAAGGAAAACUGAGCUGUCUGUAAUAAGUGCAUUGAUCAACAGAAUGUCAGAUCUUAAGGAAAACUGAGCUGUCCUUGUAAUAAGUGCAUUGAUCAACAGAAGACAAAUAUUAUUCACAUCAGUUACAUUAUCAAUAAGCUACAAUGUUUUAAAUCCAGGAGCCAUUUUAGAGACAGACUAUAACAGAACAAUAGAGUGUGUGAAGGAAGACCAGAUGGAGUUAGAAGGAAGUAAAAAAGAAAACUGGAGAAAGUAAGAUAAUGGUAACUAAAAUAGUGUUGAAAGGGGUUUGUGUUGAAUCUCUGGGUGUGUGUGUGUGUGUGUGUGUGAAGCCAGCGUGGUCACAGAGGAAAAGGGUGAAGUAAGGUGUGUGUGUGUAUGCCUAUGUGUGUGUGUGUGAGUGUGUGGCUAAUUCAGGGUUUUAGAGUCACAGGGGCUUUAGGAACAAGGAUUUCUCUCCAGUGGUGUUGCUUGUACCCUGAAACAGAGAUUAGGGUGUGUUUCUUGACCUGGCCCUGUUUUGUGGUUCAGGGAGAUGCUGGAUACUUAAAGGGAUGUUUUAGGGAAAAGAUGACCCUGUUUUUUUGCAUAAUUUGGGGACUUACUGUGCUUUGAGAAGACAGAAAGUGAAGUUCAGGGAUAAAGUGGCUCUGGUUUGCAUAAUUUAGGGCACCAGAAUGUGAAAGUUUGAAGUUAUUUGUUGAAGGAAUUAAGGUUUAUUGCAUAACUCACCAGGCAAGACGGUGGAAUGUUGAGUUUGUAGGGAAGAAAUUAUUGUGUUUUGCAUCGUUUGUGGCAGAAGAAAGUGAUAACUUAUGUUUUUGAGGAAGAAAUGAUUGUUGUUGUAUAGUUUGUUGAAGAAAGUAUUAAUUUAAGUUCUUGGAGGAGAAAUGUUUUGUUUUUGCAGAGUUUGUGGCUAAAGUAAGUGAGAAUUUAAGUUUUUUGUAGAAGAAUUCACCGUUUUUAGGGUUGGUAACAAAAGAAAGGGAGAAUUUAAGUUUUUAGGGAAGUUGUCAUUUUUGUAUAAAGAAAGUGAUAAUUUAAGUUUCUAGGGAAGAAAUCGUCGUUUUUGCAUAAAAAAGUGAUAAUUCAAGGUCUUUAGGGAAGAAAUGCAUGUGUUUUUGCAUAAAGAAAGUAAUAAUUUAAGUUUGUAGGGAAGAAAUCGUCGUUUUUCCAUAAAGAAAAUGAUAAUUCAAAGUCUCUAGGGAAGAAAUCUGUGUUUUUGCAUAAUUCAGAGUUACUAUACCCUGUAGAAGAUGACAUUUCCAGUUUUAGAGAAGAAAUUAACCUUUUCCAUGCCCCCAAAAAUUAAAUUGUUAAUGGAAGAAAAGAGCCUGUUUUGCAUCAUUGAGGGAAGCAGAAAGCCCUAAAACUGGAUAUUUGAAGUGCCCUGUUUUUUUAGCAUUUACGGACUGUAUGUGUCCUGAAGUAAGGGACAUUUAGGGGUGAGGGUCAGAAGUUAUGGAUCAUUCUUGCCUUUGUUGGAUUUUCAGGGAAGUGGGAAGUUUGGACAAUGUUUUGUUUAUCCCUGAGAGACAGAGAUGAGCAUUUAGGGAAAGAUUGAGAAAAGAUAGAUAGUAGUCAUUUAGAGAUUCGGGAAAGUGAGAAGCCCUGUUUUUUUUGUGCAUUUCAGGGACAUGCCCAAAAAUAGAGAUGGAAAUUUAAGAGUGAUUUUAUGGACAGCAGAUGGACCCCUUACUUGUUUUGCCUGAGAAAGAUAGAUACCUGACACUUAUAGUUUCAGGGAAGAUGGAUAGCCCUGUUUUUUUUUUUUUUUUUUUUUUUUUUUUUUUUUUUUUUUUGUGUGUGUGUGUGAGUUUGCAUUUCAUGGACUAUAACCCCUAAAAAAGCAGAGAUUGAAGUUUCAGGGACCUCAGACAGCUCCUCCACUUAAUAGUUUAGCCCUGAAAGAGAUGAGCAUUUACGGAAAGAUUCAGAAAUGACAGCAGACAUCUUUGAGAUUCAGGGAAGAUAGGAAGUGCUGUUUUUUAAUACAUUUCAGGGACUACAACCCCACAAAAAGCAGAGAUGGAAAUUUUAGCCCUGAGAAAGAUGAACAUUUAGGGAAAGACGCAGAAACGAUGAGACAUUUUAAGAGAUUCAGGGAAGAUGGCAAGCCCUGUUUUUUAAUGCAUUUCAGGGACUAGAAAUCCCACAAAAAAAGACUGAGGGAAAUUGAAAGCAGAAAAUUCAGCCCCUUUAUUUGUGUUUCAAGUGUUUCAGGGAGGAAAAUUCAUACAAACAUGAUUUUUUUUAAGUUUACCUAUGUACUAAUUUCUUUUUCGAAUGCAAAGUUACCUGACAGUCAAGAGUUCAGGCGGCCCUGGUACAUCUUGACCUGACCAUGUGUGUGUGUGUGUGUGUGUGUGUGAGCAUGUGUGGUGUGUGAGUAAGAGAGUGAGAGUGGUUGUAAUUAAGGAUAAAAACUGUGAUGUGUACAUAAUAUUAUACCCGAGCCUGUCAGUAGUUUUGUGAAGCACCUCUUGUGUGUUUUCACCUCCAUGUUGUACAAAGAUUAAAUAUUUUUUCUUA